AUGUACGCGGCCAAAGGUAACUCGCGCAAGGAACGAAGCUUCAUUGGUAAUAGCUGUGCGGCAUGCGACGAACCCGUUGAGCACAUGCUCCGGGGUGAACGAGUACAAUCGUUGUCCUGCGGGCAUGUGGCACACGAAGCAUGCCUCUACGAAUACAUCAGCGAGUUCAAGGCGAAGGACUGUCCGACCUGUGGUCAAGUACUGGGACUUGACACCACCCGAGGAGGCAACUUGGAUUUUGAGAAAUUCAACAAGAUUGUACGAGAUGCACCCGUUGCUAGCUUGCGAGAGCGUUGGGAGCCCACUUCGACGCCUUUGCCUUGGGAGCCGGAACCUGUUCGUCGACCGAGCACAAUCGAGCACCACCAACCAGUCCCGCAAAGACCCGCCAAACAUCAUUUGAUUCCCGCGCAACAGCAGGGUACCGAGCACGACUGGGACGAGCACCUACUGCCUGCAAAGCCUCAAUCAAUCGAAAACUACGAAGCAAAACACAAUGGCUCACAUGGAUCGCAGACGUCCCAUGGUCGUACUGUCAGUGGAGAGACCAACAUGCCCGCGAGGAACGACUACUCUGAUGUCUACUCUGUUGUGGGUAGGCGGCAUGAUUACGAUGUCCAGUCAAUGGAGGCCUCAGUAAAGAGCCCACGGCAUCUUUCUCGAUAUCCCAUACCAGCUCCUACCGUAACGGUCCGCAGCGAGUUCCCAACAUUAAGCAAGUCGAGGCACCAACAAAGCUUGACUUGUCUGGUGACUGUGGAGGUAGUGGAGGGUAGCUGGCAACCACAAUCCGAAGACCUACGCAGUCCUCCUGCUGUGCCAUCGCCCAUACCAGGGGAGAGAUUCGAGACCCCAACGCCCCAGCCUACUUUGUCAUUCGCACCCCGAGCGGUCGACAGUGUACACGAGGACCUGGCGCUUAUAGCGAAGAAGGAGGAGCUUUUCAAAAGAGUCGUAGAUUGGCAUGGCCUGGACUUUGAACGCUUUGGAAAGCUCAUAUUACAUGGCAUAGUCCGUGUCGGCAAAAACCGCCAGUCAUGGCAGGAACUGGAAUGCUAUCUCUUCAGCGAGAUGCUGAUCUGCGUGAAAGAGAAGAAGGUUCCGUCAACCACGAGUCAGCACCGGGAGGAUCCGAGGCCACAGCCGCGGUGCACACUGAAAGGAUCCAUCUUGAUCAGGCGUCACUUGAAGGCAGUGGAGCUCGAUCGCGACGAGGAUAUCCUUACGUUGAUACUGUCCGUCGCUGAGCUACCGGCAUUUCACUUGCACUUCAACGACUCGCAGGAGCUGGAGACCUGGCGACGAACUUUGAACAGCAUCAACCGACCCGAGCCACCGACACCUGUGCGACCCGACUUCGAUCACGAUGCAUCUGGUACGGACGAGGAGGACUAUGUGUCACGACAAAAGCGAAGGAUAUCAUCACUACCAUCGUCAUCUUAUGGUGCUACACGGUCGCAGGCCACCGCGCCAACCGAGUACUCCGGCAAUGGCGUCCAAGAUAUUCGUCUCGGAACUUCUUCGCUCCACGUACCCUUAGACAUUGUCGUCGUUGUGCCUGUGUCCGCAUCCAUGCAUGGAUUGAAGAUCAACCUGCUCAGGGAUGCGCUGCGAUUCUUAGUCUCGGGCCUGGGUGAGCGCGAUCGCAUGGGUUUGGUCACGUUCGGAUCAGGAGGAGGGGGCGUUCCUUUGGUCGGCAUGGCGACCAAGAGUUGGCAAGGAUGGUCUGGCGCCCUGGAAUCGAUCCAACCGAUACACCACAAGACCAUGCGCGCAGAUGUGGUGGAAGGCGCAAGUGUGGCAAUGGAUCUGUUGAUGCAGCGGAGGUCCUCCAAUCCGCUGUCGCACAUUUUGCUCAUAAGCGACUCUGCUGCUUCUGAGACAGAGAGCGUCGAAUUCGUUGUGCAAAGAGCAGAAGCCGCGAAGGUCGGCAUUCAUUCUUUCGGUCUCGGCCUAACGCAUAAACCAGAUGCCAUGGUGGAACUGUCGACCAAGACAAAGGCCUCUUAUACAUAUGUGAAAGACUGGAUGAUGUUGCGCGAGUGUUUAGCUGGCUGCAUUGGUGCGCUCCAGAGCGUGUCGCACCAGAACGCAAAGCUGCGUUUACGAUUACCUGAAGGCUCGCCAGCCAAGUUCGUGAAGAUCAGCGGAGCAUUUCAGAUCACAAAGCGUGCAACAGGGCGAGACGCCGAAGCAUCGUUGGGUGAUCUGCGCUUCGGUGACAAGCGGGAUGUCCUGGUUCAGCUAGCUAUACAGCCGGAGAAUUCGACGCCCGACAGCAUUCCCUCCGAUCCUUGGGAGAGCAUGAUAUCCGGGCUCGAAGCUCUGGGACCAAUUGACCAGGAAGACCAGCGGACUCUGUCUGUGGAAGAGCUGCCCCUGCUGCAGGCAGAUUUGGUCUGGAGCGAUGUCGUCCGGGACUGCCAACUGUCACAAUUGCCUCGACCGUCAUUACUGGCCAUCACGAUGCUGCCGUCGUCGAAGAAGACGGCAUAUGGACGACCUGUCACACCACCAAUACCACCUCACCCGUCCAUCGUGCAGCGCAGGAUGGAGCUGCUAACGUCGGACAUGCUUUCCCGUGCGUUAAGUCUAGUCAGCAGAGGACAGCAUGAGCGUGCACACCACCUGUUGUCAGAGACGCGGUCCAUUCUGAAGGGACUAGCCAAAGGCGGACUUCCACCUCUCCCGUCUCCAGCACCGACCACUGCCUCGCCUCCAACUCCACGCGCGCCAGAACACCAAAUGUCAGCUCUGGACACUACUUUCCCCCCUCCGCCCCCCUCGAGCCGUAGUCCUAUCUCGCCAUACGAGAGUGAGCCAACUAGUCCAUUCGUCCCGGCAGCAGGAAUUGACAGAUCGACUAUGCUGGCGCUUGACAUGGAGCUCGAGUCGAGCUUGGAAUGGAUCUGUCACCCUGCGGUCUUCAGCCGGGAUGCACGCAAAGCUGUUCUUCAAGCGAUCGGGGUCGUCAGCUCGCAGCGCGGCUACACGUUCCGGACGGCGUCAGAAGCUCUUUGGGCAGGCCGCAUUCCCGGAGUUCGACGGCUCACUGACCGCAGUCGCGAGUGGCGGCAGGCGGGAGAUGAACGCAUCAUGUACAACUGA